AUGGGUAGCAUAUCAAAGCCUGGAGAGCUGCCUCCAGCACGUCUUCUCAGAAGCAACGCACCUCCUUCAACUUUGACGCCAACUCCCCAGCAGUUAUUCAAUACCGUUCGCCGAGCAAUCCUCGAGAGCCACAAAUUCAAUGAUCUAUCGUUUGAGAAUAUUUCUGCAGAUUGUGGACAACUAGUUACGACGUCUCUCAGCGAAGAUCCAGACGUAGAGAACGCCUGUCCUCGCAUUAGUUAUAACUCACAUACCAAGACUCUCGAUAUUAGAGUAAUGCCUACUCUGACUCACGAUAUCCACCAGCCAUGGAUUGUGAUGGAGAUGUCGCGCAUGGUCUCAACAGGCUUCGUAACUCAACAGGAAUCUGACUCGGUUAGAUUUCUUGUUGGUACAAGUAUCCUUUCGAGGGUUUCGGGCCCCGUAUGCCGGUUCAUCGAAAGAGCCCGAUACAUGCAUCUUUCCGAGAGCCAGUCCCUCCCAAGCCUUGUUAUAGAAACGGGAUGGUCUGAAUCCUGGCCAAAGCUUGGUCGAGACAAAGAUCUCUGGUUACAAGGUGGCUUUCCAGAAGUACAACUCGUCCUCUUAAUCAAGUGGUCAAAAAUUUCAAGCAAUAGAGUCAAGGGUACCAUUGAAAUUCACGGAAGAAAUGGUGGUGUAACGCAGCUCCUACAGACUGAGGCCAUCUUCCCCGUUCCCACAAAUUCAACCACCCAAUCAAUCCCUAUUUCUCGUGAACAAUUUCUUGGACAAAAUGUCUCUGCAGGAGGUAACGCUACCCAAGUUUACCAACUAUCCAUGGAUCGUUUUCGAGAAUUGGCGGAGGAGAGUAUAAGAAGCAAAGGCUUAACCCCAGCUUGA